GCAGAUUUCCUCGUGAGCCACCGGAUUGCCAUCCAAAGGCCGAAACGAGCCACUGAUUCCGGCACAGAAACGUGAGCGGGAGAAAGCGAGGGUGGGGCCCCGGAAGGGGCGGAACGUAGUUAAGAUUUAAAAGGACGACAGAAACGAAAUCAAGAAAUCGAAGCAGAACACCCCACCACUCCCAUCUGCCUCCAUUAGGAUACCGACAGAAGUCGGGAUCGGGUUCUUGUUUUCUAUUUAUAUUGUAGAAGAAGGGCGCGGAUCGGUGGAGAUGAUGCAUGUUAUAGAGGUGGAGAAGGGGAGGGAGGCCACCGACGGCCGGCCCUCCGUCGGACCGACCUAUCGGAGUGCCUUCGCCAAGGAUGGCUCCCCCCCGCCCGUCCCCGGUGUCGACAGUUGCUGGGAUGUCUUCCGUUUGAGUGUAGAGAGAUGCCCCAACAACCGAAUGCUGGGCCGUCGUGAAAUUGUUGAUGGAAAGCCGGGUAAAUAUGUUUGGAUGACCUACAAAGAAGUAUAUGACAUUGUGAUGAAGAUUGGGGCUUCGAUUCGGAGUCUUGGGGUCGAGCAGGGUGGACGUUGUGGCAUCUAUGGUUCUAACUGUCCUGAAUGGGUCAUUAGUUUGGAGGCUUGCAAUGCUCAUGGGAUUUACUGUGUUCCCUUGUAUGAUACUCUUGGUGCUGGUGCAGUAGAAUUCAUUUUAUGUCAUUCAGACGUUCAGAUUGCUUUUGCAGAAGAGAAAAAGAUUGGAGAGGUGUUGAAAACCCUUCCUAGCUCAUCUAAAUUCUUAAAAACAAUUGUUAGUUUUGGCAUGGUCACCUCUGAGCAAAGAGAUGAGGUUGAAAAGUCUGGUUUGGCAAUAUAUUCAUGGGAUGAAUUUUUGCUCUUGGGAAGUAAUCAACAAUAUGAUCUUCCAAUGAAGAAGAAAACUGAUACAUGUACUAUAAUGUACACCAGUGGAACAACUGGUGACCCAAAAGGUGUGAUGAUUUCGAAUGAUAGCAUUGUCACUCUUGUUGCUGGUGUAGAUCGGCUGCUUUAUUGUGUGAAUGAGCAGUUGCAUGAAGGUGAUGUUUAUUUAUCUUAUCUACCCCUCGCACAUAUCUUUGACCGUGUUAUUGAAGAGUUGUUCAUUUUUCAUGGGGCCUCAAUUGGAUUUUGGCGUGGGGAUGUCAAGUUAUUAGUUGAAGACAUAGGGGAAUUAAAGCCAACUAUCUUUUGUGCUGUUCCACGUGUGUUGGAUCGCAUUUAUACAGGGCUACAAGCAAAGAUUUCGUCAGGAGGUCUCCUGAAGAGUACAUUGUUUAAUAUUGCUUACAAAUACAAAUUUCGUAACAUGUCAAAAGGAAGCAAGCAUGAGGAUGCAGCUUCAAUUUUUGACAAAGUAGUUUUUAAUAAGGUAAAAGGUGGACUUGGUGGGAGAGUACGGAUAAUUUUAUCUGGAGCAGCUCCUCUAUCAACCCAUGUGGAAGAAUUUUUACGGGUGGUGACGUGUUCCCAUGUUCUACAAGGCUAUGGUCUUACGGAGACUUGUGCUGGAACAUUUGUCACUUUGCCGAAUAAUCUAUCAAUGCUUGGAACAGUAGGCCCUCCAGUGCCAAAUGUUGAUGUGCACCUGGAGUCUGUUCCUGAAAUGAACUAUGAUGCUCUUGCAGAAGUUCCUCGUGGAGAAAUCUGUGUGAGGGGAAAUACUUUAUUCUCAGGAUACUACAAACGUGAAGAUCUUACAAAGGAGGUUAUGAUUGAUGGUUGGUUUCACACAGGGGACAUUGGUGAAUGGCAGCCUGAUGGAAGUAUGAAAAUCAUUGAUCGGAAGAAAAACAUAUUUAAGCUUUCACAAGGAGAAUAUGUUGCGGUUGAAAAUCUGGAGAAUGUCUAUGGUCUGGUUCCCGAUAUAGAUUCGAUAUGGAUAUAUGGAAAUAGCUUUGAGUCUUUCCUUGUUGCCAUUGUCAAUCCCAAUAAGCAAGCCCUCGAGCAUUGGGCUGAAGAAAAAGGUGUAAGGGGGGAUUUCGCUGCAAUAUGUGAGAACCCCAAGGCAAAAGAAUACAUUUUGGGGGAGCUUACAAAGGCUGCAAAAGAAAAGAAGCUGAAAGGUUUUGAGUUCGUAAAGGCAAUUCACCUUGAUCCUGAACCAUUUGAUAUGGAGCGUGAUCUCCUUACCCCAACAUACAAAAAGAAGAGGCCACAGAUGCUUAAGUAUUACCAGCAUGCUGUGAAAAGGCUGGUGCGUAGGACUUGAAAAAAGAGCACUCAAGUGUUAAGAUCCAUUUUUCUAAAAGACUUGUGCGCUCGAGGUACGGUUGUCUGGGUCUGUGCGCUUCUCUUGGGCUUUCUCUCGAACAGGUCGUGGGACUGGUGUGCGGCUGGUGCUUGAUGGAGGAUAGGGGGAAGUCAGGAAGCGAGGGUGGUCAAACUUCUUCGGCCACCGGCGAGGAGGGUCGGACCUGGGCAAAGGUGGCCUAGGGUCCAUCUGGGCAGGCUAUGUGGACAUCCCACAAGAUAUCUGAGGCUGAGGUUGAAAAACUUCAGCAACAUUUCACGAAGAUCCUCGAAAUCCCGGAAGAUGAGAUGGAAGAGUCUUGGGGGGAAGUGGGAGAAGGUGCUCAGUGUUUGCCCGGAGUCUUGGCCGGAGAGUCCCGAUUGAUUGGGUUGGUAGGGAUUUCAAGGAAAAGGGGAAAUGACAGAGCGAUGUUGAAGCCCUUUUUUUUUUUCUGGCGGAGGAUCAUCUCUUUUUCCGAUUCAAAUCGGAGGAGUGUAAUGCUAUUCUCCAUGGUGGCCCAUGGAUUGUCGCCGGCAAACUCUUGGCUGUUGAACCUUUGGAGCCGAACUUCAUUCUAGGGACCAACAUGAUGAAAAAAGCAAUGGUGUGGAUGCGGCCCCCAAGCCUUCCGAUCGAGUUUUGGACUGCACGGCGACUGUGGAGCAUCAACGGGGAAGCCGGAAACCAUUUCCAUUGCCAACACCGACCACUUGCAAAAAACCGGCUUUGCGAGCGCGCGUCUAUAAGGGGGAAGAGCCGGGUCUUCUGGCAAACCGUUUGUUUACGAAAAUUUGGCAGUGGUGUGUUUUCUCUGAAAGCGAAUCGGGCACUCCGACGAUCGCUGCCCCCUCUCCCCUGCUGACACAAACUCGACCAGAAAUGCUAACCCUCUCCAGCUAGAGAAUGCGGUGGAGUUUAGCCUAUCGUCCAUGGAUAUGGCGCCCGAUGGUCACUUCAAAACUCCGACCUCCGAGGGCUAAGCCGGCUACUGUGAAUGGGAAGGAGACCGAGUGACGAUCAAACUUGGCGGCUCCUAUCUUGGCGAGGACUCACCUCUGAGGCAGUCAAGUCCACUUGGAUCCCUCCAGGUGAUGAAGGCCGGUAACAAUCCUUUAGAUACUGUUUGAUAGUAUUUCAUCUUAUUUAGUAUUAUAAAAUUUCAUCUAAUGACAAAAAAUUUAAUGAUAAAUUUGAUAAUAGCAUCACUGUAUUAUACAAUGAUAUUAUCACGAUACAUAUCUCAGAUGAUAGAA